AUGGAGGCGGCACGAGCUCCUCCUGAGCGAGACAAAACUUCAGGUGAACGUCCCCCAGCACAGACGUGCUUUAGAGCGAAUUUGGUUUUCUCAACGACGAGACUGGAUGGAGCGGGACUCUUAACACCUGUUAUGGCCUCGGAGACCGGUAAAGGCCACUCCUGCAACUACAGCCGCGACGUCGCCUUCUUCUACAACAACGUCGACAAGAAGAUCAGCACGGAAUGGACCCCUCGCGACUCUGCCGUCAUCGGACUGGGCCUCACCGUGUGCCUCAUCGUGGUGCUCGCCAACCUGAUGGUCAUGAUCGCCAUCUUCAAAAACCAGCGCUUCCACUUUCCCAUUUACUACCUCCUUAGCAACAUGGCGGCAGCAGAUCUGUUCGCCGGACUGGCUUACGUCAACUUGAUGCUGAACACUGGCCCCUGGACCAGCAGACUCACCAAAGAGCAGUGGUACAUCAGGGGGGCCUUGAUUGACAUUAGCCUCACCGCUUCCGUGGGGAAUCUGUUGGCGGUGGCCGUGGAGCGCCAUCAGACUAUAGUGACCAUGCAGCAGCACAGUAAGAUGACAAAAAGGCGUGUGUCGCUGCUCAUACUGUGCAUUUGGGUGGUGAGCAUUCUAAUGGGGCUGAUCCCGUCCACCUUUUGGAACUGCGAGUGCGACCUGGACGACUGCUCCACCGUGGCGCCCCUCUACAGCCGCCGGUUUCUGGUUUUCUGGGCAGUUCUGAACCUGCUCACAUUCCUGAUCAUGGUGGCGAUGUACGUGCGCAUCUUCUGCUACGUGAGAUACCACAGUAGAUACACAUCGCGGCACACCUCGGAGACGCACUGCAGCCAGGCCGUCGACAACCUGAUGAAGACUAUUUUCAUGGUUUUAGGUGCCUUUGUGAUCUGCUGGACUCCUGGACUGGUGACGCUGCUGUUGGACGGGCUGCUGGGAAAGGACAGUCACGCCAACGCUUUUGAGAAGUUCUGUCUGGUGAUUGCAGAGUGCAACUCGCUGGUGAAUCCGGUCAUUUACUCUCUGAGGGACCAGGAGAUGAGGAACACUUUCAAAUCCAUCCUAUGUUGCCUGUGCCGUGGGUGUCCUGGCCAGCAGAGGGCGCCAUCCCCUACUGAGCCGAACUCUCCGUUUUCAGAGGAAACCGUCGGCUGUCUGCAGAAGUUGGAAGAAGCCCGCAGUUCACCACAGAAUACAAAUAACAAAGACUAUUUGCCGAUGCCCGAAGCGCCACAGCGGUCCACGAGUUAA